UUUGUUUUGCGGGGUGAAUUUGUGAAUUAUGAUGCUUGCACAAAUCAACUAGCAAAUACAAUUUGUUCAGUAUUAAUAUUAUCAUCACAAUAAGUUAUGUAAACAUUUCCUUUCAAAGAAAGCAUUGACAUGAAUGUUCCUUAAUGUUCCUUAAUAGGCACUCCUGGGCAAACCAGGAUCAAAGAUAGGUGAACUCUCUGUACUCCACCUCAGAAAAGAGUGUUUGCAGGGUCUGAUUAAGAUCGUAAAGAAACUGCAGGAGAAAUCGCCAUUGAAAUUCCCCAUAGUUAGGCAGAUCACCUGUUUGGAUCCCACAAGGAUGGCCAGGGAUCCAGAGUGGUGCAUCCUACAGAUGAAGUCAUUAGUGCAGGCUUUCAUCCAGGGGCAGCAGCUGGCAGGUGGCAUUGCAGCUGGUGAUGUCAUCAUUCAGCAAUUCACAUCCUUUCUCUCGGUCGUGGGCAGAGAAGAAGAAUUUGUUUCCUUCCAACCCCUGAGGCAGCGUCUGGAUGUCUUUCUCCACUCCAAACUCUGCACGUCCCACCCUGACCUGCUAAAGUUCUGCCAAAGUGCUCUCCUCCUGUCCCAUGGACAAGCCACAGUGGAGAGAGGCUUCUCAGUAAAUAAGGAGGUAGAAACGUGCAACCUCCGUGAUGAAUCUCUCGAAGCCCUCAGAUUAAUCUGCGAUAAGGUAAUUGUCUGUGGCGGCGUUCUGAAAGUUCCUCUGACCAAGGAGCUCCUGGCCUCUGCUGCUUCAUCGAGGUCACAAUACAGGCUAUACCUUGAUAGUGAGCGGGAAAAAAAGGAGAAUGCCACACAGGAGCUGAAGAGGAAAGCAGCAGAGAAAGAGCUGGAGGACCUCCGGAACCGGCGGCAGGUACUCCACAGUGUGUGCCAUUCACUCCAAAAUGACGCCGACAAAUAUGCAGAGAUGGCCGAGGGAAAGGCAGGAACAAAGAUGGCUGAGCUCAUCACAAAAUCAAACACUUUUCGGAGAAGACACAGGGGAAAAAAAGCAGAACUUCUCCAAGUGGAUAAAAUGAUUGAAGAAAAGGCCACACAGUUGAGGCACUUGUGACCCUGCUGGCUAACUGUUGUUUAAGUUCUCUCUCUCUCUCUCUCGGACAGUUUUUGCGUCCAGUUGAAGUUAAAGUUAUUUCUUUGUUAAUAAGAUAUUGUAAUUACAGUGAAAGUUGCACUUUAUUAUUAUCUAGUUUAUUCUUUUUUUUCAAGGCCCUAAUUUAACCACUUGAAAUUAGUUUUUGUUAUGCAAUUGUUACUUUUUGACAUUUUGAGUAAAAACUAUGGACCAAG